CACUUUUCUCAAGUUUGUUUGUUUAAUUCAAAUUCAAUUCAUUCAUCUAAAACGUCUUGCCCUUCAGGACUCAAACUCACCAUAUCAUGGCUUGCUUCAAACUUAAUCUCCUACUUCUUGCAUCGUUGUUUACUUUCCUAUUCCUUUCCAACCCAGCUCACUCUAGUGACAAAGAGGACAGUGUAUUGAAGGGAAUCAACAGCUUCAGACAGACCAAGAAUCUUGCACCACUCAACAAAAAUGACAAGGCACAUUGUUUAGCUGAUGAAGUUGCUGAAGAAAUAGAAGAUACACCAUGUGAAAAAGUGAACCAAUAUUACCCAGUUUCUGGUCCUGGUGGUAACCAAAGAAUCCCCAAUUUGCAAAAACAUAUUGAUAAAUGUGAUAUUAACAUUAACACAACCACGGAUGGAGUCAUUCUACCUGUUUGUGUAUCCAAAUUAGAACCAACGGUUGUGCUAUCUAAUUACACUCAUUCUGAUAUUUAUGCAAAGUUUCUCAACAAUUCUAAGUACACUGGAGUUGGACUUGGUUCUGAAGAUGAUUGGAUGGUUCUUGUUCUUACUACCAAUACAACUACUGGAACUUUCUCUGCAGCAACAACUUCUCUACAUGCUAAUUUUGUUUUGAUGGUUUUGUUGCUUGUUGUGAUCAUCAACUAUUUCAGUGCUUAAUUUCUAGCUUUCUAUUAAUCUUCAUUAUGGAUAUGAUGUAGUUGAAUUAAUCUUUUCUUUUGCUUGUGAAAAUGUAGUGUGAACUUAAUUAGGAAUUAAUUUUGUGUGCUGUUUUUGGUUUAACAUUUCUAUAAUUUCUCACGUGACAAGCAAAUGUGGCUAAUUCAGUUUUUGGUUUUA